UUGCAGGUUCUGGACUCGGUCAGUGAGGGACUUCGAAAAAUUUACAAGCAAAAAUUGUACCCACUUGAGGAGUACUACAAGUUCCAUGAAUUCCAUUCACCAGCUUUGGACGAUCCCGAUUUCGAUGCGAAGCCCAUGAUCCUUCUUGUGGGACAGUACUCCACUGGCAAAACGACAUUCAUCAGAUACCUACUUGAACAGGAUUUCCCUGGAAUUCGCAUUGGCCCAGAACCAACUACCGAUCGAUUCAUAGCGGUAAUGCAUGGAGAAGAGGAAGGCGUUGUACCGGGAAAUGCGCUCGUAGUUGACGCAAAGAAGCAGUUCAGAGCGCUUAGCGGAUUCGGUAAUGCAUUUCUGAAUCGUUUUCAAUGCUCAACGCUGAACAAUCAAGUCCUUGAGAGCGUAACCAUUGUGGACACGCCUGGUAUUCUUUCUGGAGAGAAGCAAAGAAUUGAUCGAGGCUACGACUUUACCGGAGUUUUGGAGUGGUUCGCAGAACGUGUGGAUCGCAUCAUUCUUCUGUUCGACGCACACAAACUGGAUAUUUCUGACGAGUUUAAACGAUGUAUUGAAGCACUUAGUGGAAAUGAAGACAAGAUUCGCAUUGUUCUUAACAAAUCCGACAUGGUUGAUCACCAACAAUUGAUGCGCGUAUAUGGUGCCUUAAUGUGGUCUCUAGGAAAAGUUUUCAAAACUCCUGAAGUGUCACGAGUCUAUAUCGGCACAUUUUGGGAUCAUCCACUUCACUAUGAUAUCAACAGACGCCUGUUCCAAGACGAACAGCACGAUUUAUUCCAAGACCUUCAAGCACUGCCACGUAACGCAGCACUUCGUAAAUUGAAUGACCUCAUUAAGCGAGCACGCCUUGCAAAGGUACCUAGUCAUAAGAAUUGUUUCAUAUUCAGUUCUUCUUGA